AUGGUUGUUAGGAGUAAGAAAAGGCGUUGCGUUGCUCCCGCUCCAAGCGCUUUGAAGCGCAGAAGAAUUGAUCCUUUUGCGGAUGAAACUGGGGCCAAGCUUAAAAAUCGCCAUUUAAAUAGACGCUCUACAGCAGGCAUAGUUCUCACUCUUGGCGUUGGAGAUACGGGUCAGCUUGGCCUCGGACCGGAUAUUACUGAACGCUUGAAACCGGCCCGGUUUUCCGCUGCCAGCCUCUCUAAUGGAUGCCUCAAUGACGAUGUUGAGAGCUUUGUCCAGGUUGUUGCGGGUGGCAUGCAUACUGUGUGCCUCACGGCUGACGGAAGAGUUUUCACCUUCGGCUGCAAUGACGAGGGUGCUCUUGGUCGCCAAUCUACAGACACUUCUCUCCAAGAUACCGACGGGAAAUCCGUCGAUGGUCUUGUUGAAGAGUCAAGACCUGGUGUUGUCACUUUUCCCGAAAAGGAUGUGCAUAUUAUAAUGAUUUCUGCGGGUGACAGUCACACUGCAGCCCUUGACAAUCUCGGACGCGUUUGGCUGUGGGGCACUUUUCGUGGCUCUGGUGGGGCAAUUGGGCUGACAAAAGAGGGCGAGAUUUGUCGUUGCCCGAUUCGUCUGGAAACGCUCUUGAGUGUUGUUGUGAAAAUCGCUUCAGGACAGGAUCACCUCGUCUGCCUCACUGAAGAGGGUCGCCUCCUUACAAUGGGCUGUGGCGAACAGGGCCAGUUGGGCCGAAUUGCCGAACGCUUCUCGAAGGACGGUGGGCGUAAUGGAUUUGAUCUACUUCUUCAACCGGGGGAAUGUCGUGUACGCGGAUGCAAGCGAUUUGUUGACGUCUGGGCUGGUGGAUUUGCAACCAUUGCGCGUUGUAUGAAUUCAGGUGUCAUAUACGCCUGCGGUCUAAAUAACUACGGGCAACUUGCCCUUGUGAAAAAACGGUCUGUUGAGGUAAAGAAAAGGAUGGAGAUUGGUGGAAACACUCUUGCGGGCACGGAGGACUUCGUCAAAAGUGAGCAAGUUUCAGAGUCCAUGCUGACGAAGAGGCAGGGUCCUCUCGUUCAGUUUAUGCUCACUCCAGCAAACGGCUUCGAUCCAGAGAAGAAUUGGGUCCAAUUUGCCAUUGGAAUGCACCACACGCUGGCAUUAACCUCUUCGGGGGAAGUUUAUGCUGUUGGUCGAAGUGAUUACGGCCGCCUUGGUUUCACUGUCUCCAAAUCUGACUCAGAUGUCUCUGCAGUCCCCUCUCCUCACGUGGUUCAAGGCCCUUUACUUGGUCGGAAAUGUUGCUGGAUUGGCUGUGGCGAGGCGUGCUCUUUUGCAAUAGAUGAUGCGGGGAAGGCGUUUUCUUGGGGCAUGGGAAGUAGUCAACAGUUAGCUCAUGAAGUGGAGUAUGAAGAUGCUCCAGAACCUGGUGAAAUGGUCGGCAAAAACUUAUUAAAUAGACGAGUUGUCAUGGUCGAUGCUGGUGGACAACACGCUGUCAUGCUCGCUGCCGAUCCCUCUCGGGUUAAACCUAGGGCCACGAAAUUAGACACUGAAGAAGCUUCGGGAAAAAUUGCACCCCCUAAAGAUGAGAAAUCAGUGGUAACGAAUAACCACACGCCAUCGGCACCGAUGGAUACAACUUCCGAAGUAGCAGUCUCUGUGACGAAUGAAAAGAACUCUUCCGACAAGCCCCUUGUGAAUUCACUAAGUGGAUCAAAUCUCCCCCCGGAAGUUGCUAGCACUGCAGGAGCCACGGUAAAUAGCAGUUCCGUGCACAGCUGCUCCUUCGUCGCGAGCGAUCAGUCUUCACUGAGUAGCGCCCACAGCACGGACGGCGGAGGGUCGAGCCGUCUGGGCGGUUCGCUAUUUGCCCAGCCGGUGGAUGCACCUUUGGCGUCAAAGGCAGGGGUUGCACCCGCUGCAGGAGUCAAUUGUGGCGGCAGUACCACAAGCACUAGCGAGCCUAGUUUUCCAUUGACGGACGGCGGCUCCAAUACCGCCUCCCCCGCCAACACCCACUAA